AUGAGAUUUACCAAACGAGAUAUUUCUCGGCUUCUCUUCAAGAACGUUUCUCCCUUUAAGCUCAUUCUUCAUGGAAUUUGUAUCGGGAUUUGUUUAUUGCCUGCCAUUGCAGUGCUCAUUGUCGGAUUGGUAGUUUUUAUGACAUCGCCGAGUGAUAAUAUCACCUCUCCAGCCACAUGCAUCAUUCUUUCUAAAUUACAAUGUAUUACCAAUAACAAGAACAACAAUCUGGUUCAUCAUCACGAGAGGAGAGUCAUUCAUUCUCAUCACCAUCAAGAAGAAGAAAUUCAUACAUUUUCAUCAUCAUCAGAACGAAAAUUAUUGGCUCAACCACACCACAAGGCUUCUUCCCUCUCUCAAUCAUCAUCAUCAUUGUUCGUACACUCCUCUCAUUCCACUUUUACUGUACAAUCAUCAUCAUCAUCCGAUAACACCAAACACGCAAGCCUCAUCACGACACAAUGUACCUACUCUGUUUCCUUCACCAUUCCCUCUUCGGAACAACAACAACAACACCCAAUUUCAGCAGAAACCACCAUCAAAUCAUCCAUCAUUCCCUUUCCUCGAGACUCUCCCUAUGCCAACUAUACCCUACAAGAUCGUGUCCCUUGUUUCUAUGAUCCUCGCAAUCCAAAGAAUGUUUCCUUUGAAAAAACCAAUCUCAUUCACUUUUAUACCAUUGUAGGAUUGGGUGUCAUUGGUGCUGGAGCAUGUCUACUUUUGCUCGUAUUGAUUUCUGUUGGAAUCUUUUGUACGAAUUUUUGUCGUUUCUGUGUCGAGUACAAGAAAACGAAACGAAAACGAAGACAACUCUUCCGUAAGAGUAUGUUACACAAAAUGAUCACGAUGUAUGGCAGUAGUGGAGAGAGUGAAGAUGGAUAUACCAGUAGUAGCAGUAAUGAGGGUGGAGCGAGAUUUGGCCUUAAUCAUUCGAGUAGUAUUGAGGGAAUUUUAAAUUAUGGAAGUACAGAUCGAAAGAGAGAAUCUAUUGGAAAUGGUUAUUAUUAUUCGAAUGCUAACAAGUCACCAUCGAAAUUUAGAAAUUCGGGAGCGAAUAGUAGUGGCAGCAGUCAUGUCAUGCUUUCACCCAUGCAAUAUCAAGGAAUAUUGUCAUCGACUCAAGUGUUGAGGAAUGAUAAAUCAUUUCAUGUGGAUGAAAAGUAUUUUUAUCAACAUAGUGACGAUGAAGAUCAUGAGAAUACUCUUAGUAGUUCGAGUGUCGAGGAUGUCGCAGUUGAAAUUGUCUCAACUCCCAACCAUCCGCCUUCAUUUCCUGCCCAGAAUCAUUAUUAA